CCAGCUAUAGAAACUACUGUUCCCGGCAUGCACAGCGCCGUGCAAAGGCCGAUGGAGCUGUCCACCGGCAGCUUGCUUAAAGGGGCCGCGACUACUUUUCAGCAGCACGUCAGAAGAGCCUGAAGUAAAAAGAGGGCGGCGCCGUCCUCCGUGUCCUGGACCCACGCCGACGAAAGGGAUGUGGGCAGGCCCACGUCUGUCCUGCUGGCUGCGCCAGGAAGCUCCCGACCGGAGACAGUGAUGCUGAGGUCUCAGGUCCAGGGAGCGGCCUCCUCCUUUGGGGAGCAGCAUUUUGCCCUCUGGGCUGUAUACUAGCAGGAAGUUGUCAGCAGUCACAUUUGGGAUGUUGUUCAGUUGCCUGCUGUGGAAAGUGGCUCAGCUGUGCGAGCCCCAGCCUCCAAGGUCAUUCCUUCUCAGGGACCAUUACUGAGCACUGCAGCCACCAGCUUCUAAGACACUGCUGUCACCUGCCUCGUCUUCUUGUCGUCUCAGCUGCACCUGGCACCAAGACCUCCCCACGCCCCAAAACGAGACAUCAGAAACCAGCUGAGAAUGUGCGUGUAAGAUGCAAGCUGGAUGUAGCAGAAGGCCCUGCACCCCGACCCUCGUCCUUGGACCAUGAAGGUCCUGGAUGAGAGCCUCUUCUGGAUGCUGCUUCCGUUCUUUCACCUGAUAGCCAGCGCUGCCGAGCACGAGGAGGUCGCGAAGCAUGCCAUCAAGUUACACCGCGGGAAGGGGGCCACCGCCACCCAGAGGAAGCAGUGGGUCCUGGACAGCUGCCGGAGGCUCACCGGGCUCCUGCGGCAGAAGAAUGUUGUGCUAAACAAACUGAAGAGUGCCAUCCGAGCGGUGGAGAAGGACGCCACACUCUCGGGGGAGGAGAAGCUCUUCCAGGUGCACACUUUUGAGAUCUUCCAGAAAGAACUGAAUGAGAGUGAGAACUCUGUCUUCCAGGCCAUCUAUGGAUUGCAGAGAGCCCUGCAGGGGGAUUACAGAGAUGUGGUCAACAUGAAGGAGAGCAGCAAGCAACGGCUGGAGGCUUUGAGGGAGGCUGCCAUUAAGGAAGAGACAGAGUAUGUGGAACUCCUUGCUGCAGAAAAACACCAAGUGGAAGCCCUUAAAAACAUGCAACAUCAAAACAAGAGUCUGUCCAUGCUCGACGAGAUUCUUGAAGACGUGAGGAAAGCUGCGGACCGUUUGGAGGAGGAGAUAGAGGAGCAUGCCUUCGACGACAAUAAAUCAGUCAAGGGAGUCAACUUUGAGGCGGUUCUGAGAGUGGAGGAAGAGGAGGCCAGUUCCAAGCAGAAUAUCACAAAGCGGGAAGUGGAGGAUGGCCUGGGCCUCAGCAUGCUUAUCGAUUCCCAGAACAACCAGUAUAUUCUGACCAAGCCCCGGGAUUCCACUAUCCCGCGUGCGGACCACCACUUCAUAAAGGACAUUGUGACCAUAGGAAUGCUGUCCUUACCUUGUGGCUGGCUGUGUACAACAAUAGGCUUGCCUACCAUGUUUGGGUAUAUAAUCUGUGGUGUGCUUCUGGGGCCUUCAGGACUAAACAGUAUUAAGUCCAUUGUACAGGUGGAGACACUGGGAGAAUUCGGGGUCUUCUUCACCCUGUUUCUUGUCGGCUUGGAGUUUUCUCCGGAAAAGCUGAGGAAGGUGUGGAAGAUAUCCUUACAAGGACCUUGUUACAUGACACUACUGAUGAUUGCCUUUGGCUUAUGGUGGGGACACCUUCUGCGGAUCAGACCCACCCAGAGUGUCUUCAUUUCCACCUGUUUGUCCUUAUCAAGCACACCCCUGGUGUCCAGAUUCCUCAUGGGCAGUGCCCGGGGUGAUAAAGAAGCAGGUGACAUUGACUACAGCACAGUGCUGCUUGGCAUGCUGGUGAUGCAGGACGUGCAGCUGGGGCUCUUCAUUGCUGUCAUGCCCACACUCAUCCAGGCCGGAGCCAGCACAUCUUCCAACGUUAUCAUGGAAGCGCUGCGGAUCCUGUUUCUGAUUGGACAGGCCCUCUUUUCGCUGGCUGCCAUUUUCCUUUUAUGUCUGAUCAUAAAGACUUACCUCAUAGGCCCGUACUACCGAAAACUGCACGUGGAGAGCAAAGGGAACAAAGAAAUCCUGAUCCUAGGAGUGUCUGCUUUCAUCUUUCUGAUGCUGACGGUCACAGAGCUGCUGGACGUCUCUAUGGAGCUUGGCUGCUUCCUGGCUGGAGCACUGGUCUCUUCUCAGGGGCACAUGGUCACAGAGGAGAUCGUGGCUUACAUCGAGCCUAUCCGAGACUUCCUGGCCAUCAUUUUCUUCGCAUCCAUAGGGCUCCAUGUCUUCCCCACCUUUGUGAUCUAUGAGUUGACUGUGCUGGUGUUCCUCACCCUGUCUGUGGUCGUCAUGAAGUUUGUGUUGGCAGUGCUGGUCUUGUCUCUCAUCUUGCCACGGAGCAGCCAGUACAUCAAGUGGAUUGUAUCAGCAGGACUGGCACAGGUCAGCGAGUUCUCCUUCGUUCUGGGGAGUCGAGCACGGAGAGCGGGCAUCAUCUCGAGAGAGGUGUACCUCCUUAUUCUAAGCGUGACCACACUUAGCCUCCUACUUGCCCCGGUGCUGUGGAAAGCGGCCAUUACAAAGUGUGUGCCAAGACCAGAGAGGAGGUCAAGCCUCUGACAGCGCCAGAUGAUGAGGGACUGGACUGUGGGGCGGGGUCCUCCUUGGGGGGUUGUGAGUCCUGAGAUGGUCUGUUGCUGCUCCCUCUUGCCAGCCUUCCAUCAGAGACAGCAGCAGCAGCAGCAGCAAGGAAGAGCCAGUGUCCUCGUGUUUGCUUGCAUUCAAAACCUCUCCCGUCGUGUUUCUCCGGAGUAAUUUAUUUGCCGUCAGUCAGUUAUGUACAGAGUUUUAACACUGCAUUUUACAAUCACCUGAACUGUUUGCCUGGAUGUGCCUUUUUUUAAAAAAUGAAGAUUAUUAACUUCCUAUUGUUAAUUCAUCAGCCCAUGAGUUUUUGGUAAAGAAGAAUUAGAAAGACUUUUUUAUUUAUUGUACAAUGAUAAUCUGUUGGUCAAAUGUUUGUUAUUGAGCAUAAUGGUGAUAGGAGAUUUUAUUUUGAGCUUAGAUGCUUACUUUUGAUCUUUAAAGGCUUGCUGCUUUCCUGUCACCUGUAACUAUUUUAAAUAAAACAUUUUCAUGCUGA